AUGCCCUACCCCGUACUAGAGACCCUCCAUCAAAGUCGAUCCCGACUGGAAUCAUUCAUGGAAGUGUCACAUGCAAUCAUAACCCUAAUUUUUGGACAUCUUAAACCACCAUCUGGUCCUACGAACGGACAACCUAUCAGAUCUACACCGACGACACGUUGA